AGUUUUAAAUACUUUCAGAUUCAGAUGAAAGAUUCAAAUACCAAGCAUAAAUACAUGUCGGCUUAGUUUAUUGAAUUACUUAUACAUAUUAUUAUUAAAAUGGCUUUAUCGAUAGCUGAACCUAUUGUAGCUUCCGCUCUUCCGACUAAUUAUGAAUAUUAUACUUCGGGAGGAAUCAAAUAUGGAAUUUCAGUAGACAAACCAUACUUUACAUUAAAUGACAGGAAUAUUUCAAUAUACAGUGGUGCAAUGCACUAUUUCAGAGUUCCAAGGGCUUAUUGGAGGGAUAGGUUAAGAAAAAUGAGAGCCGCUGGCCUUAAUACUGUCGAGUCGUAUAUACCAUGGAAUCUUCAUGAGCCACGAUCAGGUGAAUAUGAUUUCGGAAAUACAACCAACGACAUGUCAGACUUCCUUCACUUGGAAGAAUUUUUAAAAACGGCUCAAGAAGAAGACCUCUUCGCUAUUGUUCGUGCGGGUCCUUUUAUCUGUGCUGAAUUUGAAUUUGGUGGAUUUCCUAGUUGGUUGCUGCGAGAUGAUAAUUUGGAAGUCAGAACAAACAAUGAACAAUAUAUGAAUUAUGUUGCUCGCUUCUUCAACGUCUUAAUACCAAUCUUAGCAGCCUUACAGUUUACGAAAGGAGGUCCGAUUUUAAUGUUUCAAGUUGAAAAUGAAUAUGCCAAUGGAUCGCAAAAAAAGAGUACGGCUUAUUUGGAGUUUUUAAGACAGUUGAUGCUUAAUAACGGUAUAAAUGAACUAUUGGUUACUGCAGACAAUCCUAGUAGAGGCGCGGGAGGAACAAUUAGAAAUAAAUUCUUUAUGACGGCCAAUUUUAAAGACAACGCCAAACAAAAUCUGGACCAAAUACGAGCACUUCAACCGAAUAAGCCUCUGAUGACUAUGGAAUACUAUCCUGGAUGGUUCGAUUUUUGGGGAAGUAAGCAUAAUAACGUGGAUCUUGAUGGAUUUAUACAAGUCUAUGAAGAUAUUCUGAAUUAUCCAUCGUCAGUUAACAUAUAUAUGUUUCAUGGAGGAACAAAUUAUGGGUUCUUAAAUGGGGCAGAAAACUUAAAAUAUGACGAGUUGGAAACAGAUUAUCAUUCAAUAACAUCAAGCUAUGAUUAUACGGCCCCAUUAGAUGAAUCUGGUGAAUACUCGGACAAAUACUGGGCUGUAAAGAAUAUUUUAGAAAAGCAUACCAAAGUAAAAACAAAAUUGCCAGAUGUUCCACCAUCACGCCAAAAAAUUGCGUACGGUACUGUGACUAUAGAAAAGCAGUUAACCAUAGAAGAAGCUUUACAAACAAUUACUCCCGUUUCUUCUCAUAGUGUUAUUCCAAUGGAGAAGCUUGAUAUUAAUGGUAAUAGUGGGCAAAGCUUUGGUUAUAUUGCCUAUAGAAAAGUUUUAGAUAUUCCUGCUAAUGCUAUUCUAAAAAUAGAGGGUAGAGUAUGUGAUACAGUCAUGGUUCUUGUCAACGGUCAACUAAUUUCACCUUGGUUAUCUAGGGCAGCAGAUCUCAAUCUAUUCGGUACUUCCAGGAUUGAAAAUGGUACACUUACUCUAUCUCAAACUUACCUUCAAGGCGCAACCCUGGAUCUUAUAGUAGAGAAUUGGGGAAGAAUUAACGUUAAAGUUUAUAAGCAACACAAAGGAUUAGCGCAAGGAGGUGUGCUUAUCAACAACGAGUAUAUUACAGAUUGGUUAAUAUAUCCGUUGGAGUUUAAGAAAUCAUGGACUAAUAACAUAAAUUUUCAAAGUAGCUACAACGAGAAUACUGUAGGUCCUGUCUUAUAUAAAGGUACUCUAACUAUAGAAGGUAUUCCAAAGGACACUUUUGUUGACAUGCGGAACUGGAGAAAAGGAAUUACUAUAGUUAAUGGAUUUGUUCUUGGGCGUUAUGCCAGAAUGGGACCAAUUCAAACGCUAUACUUGCCAGCUCCUUUAUUAAAAGAAGGAGCAAACAAUAUAGUUGUGUUUGAACAUUUCUCACCAAAUGGGAAAUUAGAUUUUUCUACAGCUCAUAUUUAUGAAUCACAUUAAUAUAUUAUUAGGUGAAAACAAAUGUUUGGUAUAUAAUGUAAAAAGUUCUUUACAAUUAAAUCUAUUGCAACUCCAAA